AUGUCCUGCCAGCAGAGCCAGCAGCAGUGCCAGCCUCCUUCCAAGUGCCCCCCAUCGCCCAAGUGCCCCCCGAAGAGCCCAGCACAGUGCUUGCCCCCAGCCUCCUCCAGCUGUGCUCCAGGCUCCGGGGGCAGCUGUGGCCCCAGCUCCGGGAGUGACUGCUGCCUAGGCCACCUCAGACACCACGGAUCCCAUGGAUGCCGGCGCCACAGCUCCAGCUCCUGUGAUGGUGGCAGUGCACUGCAGUCCGGGGGCUCUGGGUGUGGCCAUGGCUCUGUGGGUGGUUGCUGA